AUGCCGUUGCAAGUUCAUGAUGUUCAGGUAAUUUAUUAGCACAAUUAUGUAGUAAUUUGUUUACGCAAAUAGAAUAUUUCACUGGUAGAGUCGUGACAAAUUCGAAUGUUGUUGACUUUUCGUGUUAUAUUUCCUUUCUAUAUUACAGUUGUUAUGUCAGUUUUGCUUUCGCGCUUCAUGUUUUUAUUGUUUGAAGCACGAUAAAUUAUGAACUUUUAUUUUUACACAAUUUGAUGACAUAUAUAUGAUAUUUUUUACAUAUAGCAAAAUGUUGUGGAGCCUAUGCAAGUCGAUGCUCCUGCAGAAGAUAAUGAUAACGCAGAGGAAGAACCCUACAUUGUGGAAAAUCCAACAUUGGUAAAUGUCAUUUCUUUUUGAAUCUUUUGUUUCUGAUGACAAUCUCUAGAAAUUUGUAUAGUCCUGACAAACUCUUGCUAUAACUCUACUUUCUUUAUAGGAUUUGGAAGUCUAUGCCAAUAGCUACACUGGGCUUGCUAAAUUAUAUAGGCUCAUAUACAUAGCUGACCACUGUCCAAUGUUAAGAAUAGAAGCACUAAAAAUGGCUAUAUCUUAUGUGAUGACAACAUACAACGUUUCUUUGUACAUCAUAUUACACAAAAAAUUAGUGCAAGCUGUAGGUACGCCUGGAUUACCAGAUGUUGCAGCGCAGUCAACAUCUCAGGAUAUGCUGACUUUAGAUCAAGCUUGGGUUGAAACUCGUUCUAAAAAGGCUGCUCUGAAAUUAGAGAAAUUUGAUACAGAUCUUAAAAACUAUAGAAGUAAUUCAAUUAAGGAAAGUAUUAGAAGAGGUCAUGAUGAUUUAGGGGAUCAUUAUCUAGAUUGCGGUGAUCUUGUCCAUGCCUUGAAGUGUUAUUCCAGAGCAAGGGAUUAUUGCACUAGUGGAAAACAUAUUGUUAACAUGUGUCUGAAUGUUAUUAAAGUUUCCGUUUAUUUGCAAAAUUGGACUCAUGUACUGAGCUAUGUAACAAAAGCAGAAAGUACACCAGAUUUUUCUGAUGUUCAUGGCAAAGACAACAAUCAAUCUAUAGUUACAAAAUUAAAAGUUGCAGCUGGUUUAGCAGAAUUAGCAACUAGAAAAUACAAAAUGGCUGCAAGACACUUUUUACAGGCAUCAUUGGAUCAUUGUGAUUGCCCUGAAUUGUUGUCUCCUGGAAACGUUGCUCUUUAUGGAGGACUCUGUGCUUUGGCCACAUUUGAUAGACAUGAAUUACAAAAGCAAGUUAUCUUUAGCAGUUCGUUUAAAUUGUUUUUAGAAUUGGAACCACAGUUAAGAGAUAUUAUUUUCAAAUUUUACGAAUCGAAGUAUGCAUCGUGUUUAAAAUUGCUCGAUGAAAUUAAGGAUAAUAUACUUUUGGACAUGUAUAUAGCGCCACAUGUUAAUGUAUUAUACACGCAAAUUCGAAAUAGAGCAUUGAUACAAUAUUUUAGUCCAUACUUAAGCGCAGACAUGAGACGUAUGGCAACUGCUUUUAAUAGGACAGUUUCAGAAUUGGAAGAUGAACUGAUGUUAUUAAUUCUCGAUGGUCAAAUACAAGCUCGUAUAGAUUCUCAUAAUAAAAUUCUAUAUGCAAAGGAUGUUGAUCAACGCAGUACAACUUUUGAAAAGUCUAUGAGCGUUGGGAAAGAGUAUCAAAGACGUACACGUAUGUUAAUUUUAAGGGCUGCAAUGUUGAAGCAACAAAUUCAAGUUAAGGUAAUUGUAUUUACUGCGUUUAGAUUUUAUGACGAUUUUAUUAUAUUAAUAUUAAUAUUUUUUAAUUUACAGAGUCCAUUUUUUUUAAUGUUACAGAGUCCACAGCGCGAUAGUACUCAAGGAGGAGAAAUGUCCGUUACUUGGAAGCAAUAG